AUGGCAAGCUUCUGGUGGGAUGAAGAUGAGGAGAAGAAAAAAAUCCACUGUAUUUCAUGGAAGAGUCUUUGUAUCUCCAAAGACAAUGGAGGGUUGGGGUUCCGAGACAUUGAAGAUUUUAAUCUAGCUCUUCUAGCUAAGCAAGCAUGGCGUUUAAUUAAUAACCCUGACAGCCUUCUAGCUCGUAUCUAUAAAGGUAGAUACUCUCCUAACAAGAACCUGAUGGAGUGUGGUAAAGGCUCUAGACCUUCGUAUGCAUGGCGGAGUAUUCUAUUUGGGAGAGAGCUACUGAAUAAGGGUCUUAUGAAGUCCAUUGGUGAUGGGAAGGAUACUUAUGUCUGGUCUGAAAAGUGGAUUAUGGAGGACAUACCUAGAAGACCGGUCAAUAAGCAAGUGACGAUGGAUGUAAACUUGAAGAUGGAGGCGCUCAUUUAA